GAAGACAUACGAAUGACAACAAAAAUCUGAAAAAUAAAAUUAGCCACUGCUAAAAUAUAGAUACAUAUGUACAAACUACAUAUAAACAUAAGCAGUGCAUAUAUAAGAAAUCGAACGGAUUUGGAAGGCGUUUGCGCUGCCAGUUUAUUAAUUUAUACAUACCCUUUCCCUUCGCACACUUUUUUAGGCAUUAGUGUACUUAAUAGGAAAUAAAGAAUAUACCACAAUGGAUAAGCUUUUGGAGAAAUAUUACGGCUUAUGUAAUUAUUUGGAGCGCGAUACAGUGGGCACCGAAUUGGCCAUCUAUGGCACCUCGUCGCUGAUGCUUCUGGUGGCGUACAUAAAGAGGAAGCCCGCUUAUCUGGUGCGCCAAUUCAAACAGCCAUCACACAUACCGGAACGGAUUAUCAACGAGAGGAUUAUGCAUACUGGACAAAUACGCGGUCUCCAGCAACGUGAUCAGGAUACAUUGCUGAUGAUCAAGCAUCGUCCGCUGAUACCAAUCUUCACAUCCCGUGAGAAACUGCUGCCUGUGAAACUGCCUGGCGUGCGGGUCAAUGCCAAUGGCUACUCCUGGCUGCAGCAGUGCCUAAUUGGACGUGAGGCCACCUUUAUACCACUCAACAAGAGCCAAGGACAGGAUUAUGUUGUCUGCCAGCUGUGCCUGGUUCAUCCGCCCAAAGGAAAUAAAUUGAUCGAUGUUUCCGAAACUUUACUUAAGUUGCGCUUUGCCCGGUUUGCUCAGGAUGUUGCAGCGGCUGUUAAGCGUAAUAAUAAAUACUAUAAACAUCUGCGGCAGGUGGAGAGCAGCACAGCAAGCAAGGAGGCGUGGCUGUCGUGGGCGGCGCGCUAUCCGUUCAUCUGGCAACGUUUCAACCAAUUGAAGGCCUCGGUACUGCCCAAGCAAAAGCUGUUGCCCGAGCUGGUGCGCUGAAUAAUUGAAUGCCUUGCCGUUAACUCACAGUUUUUAAACGAAACGUUGAACGUUUGAAAAUCUUUGUUAAUUUAAUUUUUAAGCUGCCCAACAAAUUCAAAGAAAAUCCCAAUAUAGAAGAGAAAAAAUUAGCUAGCUUGUGCGGCUGAACUAUAAAUGAUAACGAACGAAAGCGAAAAGAAUUUUUUUUGUUAUAAACAAACACUAUUAUUGUUGACGCUUGCAUGAUA